UUCGAAACGCAUUGCGAACAUGCGAUUUUUGCUUAUUUUUGCCCUCGUGGCUGUUUGUUGCGGGCAUUCCUUUGAUCCGUAUCCAGAUUUGUAUGAAACGGACUAUCUUAAGAGAGCUGAUGACGAGUUUUCACCUAAAAAUACGGAAAAUUUUCGAUUAACGGACGAUAUUUGGCCAAGUUACUAUCUAUUGAUGAUAACUCCAUACAUUGGCACCCAAAAACACUUUGAUGGAAAAGUUUCUAUCGAUUUUACUGUCAAACAAUCGUUAAAAAAGAUAAUUUUGAAUCAAGAAGACAUUUCAAUCAAAAAAUAUAACCUCCAAAUUAUUUCACCUGAGGAAGAAGGAUCGACAGUAAUUGAGCUGGCAAACUGUUUAAACGUCAAUCAAUACCAAAAACUCGAAUGUACCUUAAAAUCCGACACUUUAGAGCCUGGGUUCACGUAUCAACUAGUUCUCGAGUACUCAGGUCUCGUUCACGAUGAUAUGCGUGGCUUUUACGAAAGUUACUACAAAGACGACGAAAAUUCCAAAAAACUUCUCGGAACAACGCAUUUCGGACAACAAACACGUCGUUUGAUGCCCUGCUUCGAUGAGCCCGCUUUCAAAGCUGAAUUUGAGCUUCACAUUGGUCGAAAUCCUCAAACUCAUCCAAUUUCCAUUUCCAAUGCAAAUCUUUAUGAAACAGAAGAACUUAACGAAACCUUCGUGAUUGACAGAUACAAGCCGACUGCCGUUAUCUCGACAUAUUUGUUGGCGUUUGUGAUAUCAGACUUCGCGAAUGUCACCGAUCAUGACAGGGAAAAUCAUACAUUUGCUAUUUAUGCGAGACCGAAUGCGAUUGAUCAAGUUAGUUUUGCAUUUCAGUUGGGUCCGAAGCUGAUUAGAGAGUUUGAUGCGUGGAAUGGAAUCUCGUAUUAUGAGUUUGAGGGAGUGGAAAAGAUGGAUAUUGCGGCGAUUCCGGAUUUUUCAGCGGGCGCCAUGGAGAACCUUGGAAUGCUUUUGCAUCGCGAAACAAAUCUCUUAGUAGACGAUGACCACACAAACACCCUCCAAAAACAAGGCAUAGCGUUAGUGAUCAGUCACGAAAUCGCCCAUAUGUGGUUCGGCGAUCUCGUUACCUGCCAUUGGUUCGAAGCUAUUUGGCUCAAUGAGGGUUUCGCUACAUAUUUUGAGUUCAUCGCUCUCGAUCCUGUGCAUAAAGAUUGGAAAGUCUUGGAUAACUUCGUGGUUUCAACGAUGCAAAAUGCUUUAUCCGCUGACGCUCAACGUUCAAGUCAUCCUUUAACGAAUCCCGGCGUGAAUUCCUAUCCUGAAAUUCGAACACUUUUCAGUACGAUAACUUACGACAAAGGCGGUUCAAUUCUCCGGAUGAUGCAUAACAUCAUGGAGCCCGGUAGUUUCCAAAAAGCCAUCCAAGAUUACUUGCAACGGUAUAAAUAUUCCAUCGCGACUCCUGAAGAUCUCUUCGUUGAACUGGAAAAACAAGAUCCGUACGUAAGCCCAAGGGAAAUUUUCAAUUCUUACUCCGUGCAAGCUGGGUAUCCGCUUCUUAUGGUACGACAAGAUGGCGACUUUUUGAAAGUAACACAGCGUCGUUUCCUGAUCGACGAGAUCGAUCACAACAUAACCUCAAGAUGGACAAUUCCCGUUACGGUUGCCAAGAGUAAACUUGAUUUCAGUGAUAAACGCGCUCAUUUGUCGAUCUUUGAAGCACAUGAUGACGAACAUAUUAUUCCUUUUUACAAAAAUACGACAUCUUUGGACUAUUAUAUGCUCAAUAUGCAAGCUGUUGGCUUCUAUCGCAUCAAUUACGAAGAACAUAAUUGGCAAGCAAUCGCAAAAGCUCUUAAAUCUGAGAAUCACGGAGACAUCCACGUGCUAAAUCGCGCCCAAAUCAUCGACGAUCUCUUCAAUCUGGCGCGCGCUGGGUAUUUAUCGUACGAUUUCAUCUUGAAUAUCGUCGAUUACGUGAUCGAUGAGAAGGAAUAUCUUCCUUGGUAUGCCAUGUUAAACGGACUUUCCUAUCUAAUGCAACGAAUUCCCGAUGAAAAUUACAAAACCGAGACAUUUAACUUUGUGAAACGCCUUCUUUCGAAUAUUUAUGAUCAUCUGGACUGGAAAUCGGGAGACGAUCACCAAGAUAAGCUAAAUCGCAUCAACAUUUUGAAUUGGGCCUGCAAAUAUGGCAACGAAAAAUGUGUUGAAAGAGCAAAAACUGAGUUUGAAAAUGCAAUGGAGAAGAAAGUCAAUAUUGAUCCGGACUGGAAACCAGCUGUUUAUUGCACUGGGCUGCGAGAAAAGGCGGGAAAUUGGGAUACGUUGUGGGAAAAAUACACAACAACGAAUUAUGCCACUGAGCAAGCGAUGAUUUUGACGGCACUUGGAUGUACCAAAGACGAAAAUGAGCUUCAUACAUUUUUGGAGAAAAUCUUAACAGAUGACAUCCGAUUGCAAGAUAAGUCAAGCGCUUAUAACCGCGCGUACUCUGGAAACUUGGAAAAUGUCGAUUUUGUGUUCAAUUAUGUGACUGCCAAUUAUGAAGAAUGGUCCAAAGUAAUGGAUCUCGCAUCGACUCUCGGUGACUUGGCAAAUCGUUUUACAAACCAAGAGCAAGUUGAAAAGCUUCAAAAGUUCGUGGAUGACACAAAUUUAUCGGAAUCAGUGAAAACAAGACUUAAGUCCGCGAUCGAGCGUAGCAAAAAGAAUCUGGAAUGGGAUUCUAAGCGACUUAAGGAGAUCAAAAGUUAUUUCAAUCCAGACCAGGGAGGCAAGGGACAUGUCGAAGUAUUGAGUGGAGUCGUUAUUUGCUUGGCAAUCACGGUUUUUGCGCUUUUUUAAAGGAAUUUUAAUAGAAAAAAGUAUUAUUUGAAU